AUGAGUGUUUUAAUUCAUUAUACCGACAUUAACUUUACAUCGCGGUGUAAUAUACAAGACUGUUAUGUUAUACCGGAAAGUUUAGAUAUAUUAUCAACCACUAUGGAAGAAUGUUCAUUAUCUUCAUCAUCUUCUUGUAUAGAUGUAUUACCCAAGGCCUUUCUGGUCUCUCCAUAUAUGCUCCAUCAUCAUCAUCAUCAUCAUAAGAAUUCAUCUAAUCAACUUUCUUCUCUCACUUUAUUUUGGCGUUGUGGGGCUUGCGGUAAAGAACAGUGUGUGGCGAAAGAGGCAUUGGCUCCACUCUCAUCUAAAUACAAUAGAAGCCGUCAUCGUCGUGCGGAUCUUCAUAGUAAAGAGAGAGAAAGAAAAGUAGAUUCACAAGGUACAAUUUCUUCUUAUUCUUCCCAUCGUCAAGAUCCUUCAUUAUGUCCGGAUUGUUAUUGUUGCCCAAGAUGUAAUGCUUCUGUUCUUUCCAUUACACUUACACAUCAAUUAAAGUAUAUGGCUCACUGUACAUAUUGUUAUUGGCAAUAUGAAAGUACAUGUGCAGAGUUAAAUGAUCUUAUGAUGGCAUUAAAAUCUAAAACUUUAGUGAAAUCAUUAUCACCGUAUUAUGCGGCGGUGAGAGAAUGGCGUCAAUCUACAGAGAAGAAUAGAAAAGAUAUCGAAGAUUCUUCUAUAAGUAUUUCUCGACUGGCGAUAUCAGAAUAUACACAAAAUAAUAAUAAUAAUAAUAAUAAUAAUAAUAAUAAUGAGACUUCAUUACAUCCUUCUUUGGUUUUGGAGAAUCUACGGGAUAAUAUACGUAAAAAGAAUGAAAAGACUAAAUGCGAUAUACCAGAGUGGGUUUCCACCUUUGCCAACUUGGAAGAAGCGGAAUUACAGUUAAAAGAAGAAAAAGAAAUCUCUUCUCAUACAUUAGAUGAUAAAGGGAAUACCGUAUUGCCAAAUAAUAAUAAUAAUAAUAAUAAUAAUAAUAAUAAUAAUAAUAAUAGUGAUAUAUUAACACGAAUAACGCAAAUGGAGCAACAUGGAUUUUAUCUUUCAAAUGAACAUCAUCCAUUUUGGAAACAUCAUGAUAUCAAUAGUCAUCUCUCAUCUUAUUAUUUUCUUUCUCAUAAUAUUCGCCAACCACUUCUCACCACAGUCUUUACUUCUUUUACACAAAAAAAUAAUAAUGAAAUAAGAAAUGAUGGUGAUGCCUAUAGACUUUUUCUUCUUAAUGGUAUUCAUCAAGAUCCUUCCUUUGAAGAGAUAAAACAACAACUCCUUACGCGUAGUGGUGGCGAACGUAGAAGAUGUGCAGUUAUUACAAUGUCCCUCACAGCAGCUCUUCAUCUUCCUCUUUUACAAUACCGUGAAGACUGUGAAGUAUUAAAGAAAUCAAAAGAAAAAUGGUUUGCUUGGCGUAAUUUUAGUAAUGAGGAAGUAAUUAUUCGUCAAUGUACAAUUGUAAGAGAAGUUGGGGGAAGUUUUACUUCUUCCUUUCUUCUUUCAUCCGAUGCAAAGGAGUGUGAAUGGGUAAAACUUCCCGCACGGCCCAAUAAUAAUAAUAAUAAUAAUAAUAAUAAUAAUAAUAAUAAUAAUAACUCUGCUGCGAUAUCGGCGAUGAAAGAGUUUUCCAUUACUUUACAUCGUAACCAUGAGGAAAAAGAAGAAGAAAAAGAAGGGAAUGUGAUGGUUGGUUUUCUUCUAGAAGUACUUAUAUGGUUACCUGUAUGGAAAAGAGAAACAGAGAAGGAAGAGAGUGAAAUGUAUGGAAAUGCCACACAUUCCUUUGCAGAUAAGAAUGUAAGUAAUACAAAGCGUCAACAUAUUGUUAGAUAUGGUGUUACUGUUAUUUGGUGA